AUGGGGUUCCUGUACGGUGUGUUUCUACUCGAGCUCCUUUUGAUAUGCGCCGUUUUUCAGGACUCGGACGCAGCUGGCUGUGCUACUGUCCCACCAAGUCCACCCAACACCCACCGUACUGGCUGUACAGCCCCUUACAGUGAUGGUGAAAAAUGUAAAUACGUCUGUAUCGCGGGGUACUCUGAAGUCAGCGGAGACAAGAAGCUGGUCUGUCGUGGUGGAGUCUGGGUCGGGGACCCCCUGGUCUGUAAAGAGAAUUGCGAUCCGCCUAUGGACCCAGAUAACACCAUACGAAAGGGCUGUGGCGACCCCUACAAACAUGGGGAGGUGUGUAAGUACAAGUGUAAAGGAGGGUACGCUAGAGCCGAGGGCGACCACAUUCUUACCUGCGACAAUGGAGUCUGGAUUGGGAACCCCCUGGUCUGUGAAAAAAAUUGUGGGAAGCCACCAUCGCCACCAGGCACCAAGCGAGAAGAUUGUACCUAUCCCAUCGAGCAUGAUGAAGUGUGCACCUACGAAUGCAAAGACGGGUACACCGAAGUCGGCGGUGACGACAGGCUGACCUGCGACAGUGGAGUCUGGUUCGGGGCACCCCUGGUCUGUAAAGCUGGCUGUGGUGUUUCCCCACCAAGUCCACACAACACCCUCCGUACUGACUGUACAGCACCUUACAGAGAUGGUGAAAAAUGUAAAUACGAAUGCGCCGAUGGGUACACUGAAGUCAGCGGCGACAGCAAGCUCAUCUGCAAAGACCAAGUCUGGGUCGGGGACCCCCUGGUCUGCCAAAAGAACUGCGAUCCACCUGUGAGCCCAGAUCACACCGAACGAAAGGGCUGUGGCGACCCCUACAAACAUGGGGAGGUGUGUACGUACAAGUGCCAGAAAGGCUUCGCUGAAGGUGGAGGAGACCGCGAACUGACCUGCGACAAUGGAGUCUGGGUCGGGGUCCCCCUGGUCUGUAGAGAAAAUUGUGAAAAACCACCAACGCCACCCGGCAGCAACCGAAAAGACUGCAGUAAUCCCUACGGGCAUGAUGAGGUGUGCACCUACGAAUGCAAAGACGGGUACACCGAAGUCGGCGGUGACGACAGUCUGACAUGCCAUAAUGGGGUCUGGGUCGGGGAUCCCCUGGUCUGUAAAGAGAACUGCAAAAAGGCGCCAACACCAGACGACACCGUUCGAACCGGUUGUGACGCCCCCUACACACAUGGGGAGAUGUGUAACUACCAAUGCGAAACCGGGUACAGAAAAACCGGCGGCAACGACAGUCUGACCUGCAAUGAUGGAGACUGGGACGGGGAGGAAUUGGUCUGUGUAAAACCGGACUGUGUUGUUUUCCCGCCGAACCCACCCAACACCCGCCGUGCCGCCUGUCGAGCCCCUUACAGAAGUGGUGAGAAGUGCAGAUACACGUGCCUCAGGGGGUACACUGAAGUCAGCGGCGACAAGUGGCUGACAUGUAACAAUGAAGUCUGGGCCGGGAACCCGCUGGUCUGUAAAGAGAAUUGUAAUCCUCCGCCAAGGCCGUCUAACACCGAUCGAGAAGGCUGUAAAUCCCCCUACAAACAUGGGGAGGUGUGUAACUACCGAUGCGAUGCAGGGUACAUGAAAACCGGCGGAGACGACAGUCUGACCUGCAAUGAUGGAGCCUGGGACGGAAGCUCCCUGGUCUGUACUGAAAAGACAGCAACACCGACACCGACUACGGCUCAGCAACCCAUGGAUUGUGGCCCACCGCCAAUGCCAGCCAACACUAUCCGAACCGGCUGUGACGACCCCUACACACAAGGGGAGGUGUGCGACUACUUAUGCGAAAUCGGGUACUUAAAAACCGGCGGCGACGACAGUCUGACGUGCAACGAAGGGGUCUGGGAAGGGAACCAACUGGUCUGUGAGGAUCAUUGCCCUCGACCACCAAAUGUUCCCAACACCAUCCUAAGCGACUGUGUCCACCCCUUCGUGCAAAAUGAGAUAUGUAUCUACGAAUGCAAACCAGAGUACACUGAAGACGGCGGCGACAACCUCAAGACCUGCUAUAAUCGAACUUGGAUUGGGGACGACCUGGACUGUAAGGAGGAUUGUGGUCCACCACCCAAUGUAGACAACACCGAUCGGAACGGCUGCUUCGCCCCCUACAACCAUGAUGAGGAGUGUACCUACACAUGCAAACCCGGGUUCACUCCAGACGGUGGUGGUGACACGGUGACCUGUGAUGAUGGAGUUUGGGAUUGGAAUAGACUUCCCCACAUGGAAUGUAAAAAGAAUUGUAAUCCACCACCAGUGCUAGCCAACGCCAUCCGAGGCGGCUGUGUCGCCCCCUACAAACAUGGGGUGGUGUGUACCUACACAUGCAUCGCCGGGUUCAAUCCAGACGGCGGCGGGAACAUGGUGACCUGCGAUGAUGGAGUUUGGGAUUGGAAUAGACUUCCUCCCAUGGAAUGUAACGAAGUGGAUUGUGGCCCACCACCAAUGCUAGACUACGCCAUCCUAGACGGCUGUGUCGCCCCCUACAAACAUGGGGACAAGUGUAACUACCAUUGCUUCCCUGAGUUCUGUCCGGAUCCAAAUGGCGGCACCGGCGACAUGGUGACCUGCGAUAAUGGCAUUUGGUGGAUUGUGAUCCACCACCAGUGCUAG